AUGUCGCCAACGCCAACGAUGAAGCGGAGUCCCACGCCCAUCUCCCCAGGUGGCAGCAGUGCACGCAAACGCCAGCAUGUGUCGAAAGCGUGCUUCAACUGCCGCGACAGAAAGAAGAAGUGCGACGGAGUAACGCCAGUGUGCGGCACUUGCAAGACGUACAAGGACGACUGCAUCUGGACAGACAAGGCCGACUUUCGCAAGUCCGUGUCCCGGUCCGAAGCCAACGCGCUUCGUGCGCGUGUGGCGGAGCUUGAGGCUGCCUUACGCGCCAAGGAGGGCCGUGAGGCCAUGCCUGCGCCGGCGUCCACUUCCCCGGUCGCCCGAUUCGGGCACAAUGGAGCACGGGAGACGGCGGAUUCCGGUCCGACCAUGCUGGCGGCGUUGCAGACGACUCACGCGUACCAGGUGCAAGACGACCACGGCCGCCUGAGGUUCCAUGGCCCCACGUCGGCGUUCCGACACUCCCACCAGCAUGCGUCCGAGCCGCUCGACUCGACGAGCCCGAGCACGUACUCGACGCCUCGGCGGCCCAACCUUGCCGCUCAUCACGUCGGUGAUGCGGCCGAGACCGAGUUCCGGCGAUGGCUGCCCGACUACUUUAUCAGCAAGGAGCAGCAUGAUCUCGCGCUGGACCGGUUCUUCCGGUACUUUGCAUGCUGGGCGCAGCGCGUCACCCCGCACCUCUUCUAUCGUGACAUGGCGAUCGCCCAGUCACACGACCAGGCGGACCUGCCUGUCGCGACGCCCAACUACUCGCCGUUAUUGCACAACAUGAUGCUGUCGCUAGGCUUGGCGUACAUGGAUGAGGAGCACCUACGGUCGCCAGCAACACGGCGGACGUUUGCCAAGGAGGGCAUGAAACACAUGGAGAGGGAGUGCGCGACCCCGUCUGUGGCCACUGUGCAGGCGCUGUGUCUCUGGUCCAGCCAUUCGAGCACCCUGGGAGAUCACAGCUUGGGCUGGGUCAACUUUGGUCUCGCCGUGAGGCUUUCCUAUGCCCUUGGAUUAAACGUCGAUACGUCCCCGCUGGUGGCCAAGGGCAGAUUGUCGCAGGAGGCUCUGACUCAGCGCAAUGUCACUUUCUGGUCUUGCUUCUGCCAAGAGGAGACCUGGGCAAUCUACAUUGGCGGCGUGCCAUUCAUCGGCGACUACACUGUACCCCUACCCACGCCGGACAAGAUCACCGAUGAUCUGCCUUGGGUGUGGCCUCCGGGUCCUUUCCAGCAUCUGCCCCCACAGCCAGGGUACCUCAGCCUUGCGUUUGUGCACACCUCUCGGCUGAUGCAGAUCGCGGCCGAGAUCACCAAGGCAGUGUACUCGGGCCGAUCAGACAAGACGGCACUGGUCCGCGAGGGGACAGUCCAACGAUGGGCAGAGACGCUCGAUGGCUGGCUCGAUGGCCUCCCUCGCCCACUGCUCGUUGCGCCGGCGUCGCCCGACCCUGUCGUCCCGCACAUCCUCAUGAUCCACCUCGCGUGGGCGUGGAUCGUCAUCCUUCUCUUCCGGCCGUUCAGCCAGGUGGUGUCCAAGAGCCCGGGCAACUCGCACGCCGUGGACAUUAGCACGGCUGCCAUGACUCGAUGCCACAAGGCCGCGCUCAAGAUUGUCCAGCUGGCAACACUGUGGGAAGCACAGCACGGGCUGCGGUACACGGCCAUUACCGCCCCACAGUUCCUCUACACGGCAGGCACAACGUUCCUCCUCGCCGCGGCACAGGCUGCCCUACCGUCUCAGGCUGCAGCUGCGCUGCAAAAGGCCCGCACCUGCCUCGUGUACCUCGGCGAGAUUGGCCGGACGUGGGUGGCGGCCAACCAGAAGGCCGCGAUCCUGCAGGACCUGCUCAAUGAGUACGCCGAGGCGACACCGCACCUCACUCCGUUUCUGGAGAACAUUGCGGCGGCUGGAGGGCACGACGAACCGACGUUUGACUUUGGGCCCAACGCAGCGGCAAAUGAUGCGCCGAACAAUGCGUUCUGCUACCCGACGUCCAGUACCGACACAAUGACUUGGGCCGGCGAGUCCAACUUUGACCAUUUCAUCCAGAGCCUGAUGAGCCAGUUUGCUAUGCCGCUGGGCGCCGAGGCAGACUUGUUGUCACUGCUCCAAGUCCCAGACGAGUCGGCGUAGGCGAUGACAUGUACCCGGGC